UUUCCGAAAAGUCAAGUUCAAUGAGAGUUAUCCGUCUUGAGUUGGAACUCUUCAAUUGGUUGAAUGAACUUCCGCCGAGUACUGUCAACUUCCGUCGAAAACAGCGCGCUGCUUCGAAGCUGUCAAAAUGGGGAAGCAAUACUGCUGUAUUUGUAGCAAUUUUAGGGGAAAGAUAGUCGGUGAAAGAAUAGUAUCUCUACACGUCAUUCCAGUAAGCAAGUCCCUACGACAAGCGUGGAUAAGGCGACUUCGGUUAGUGAGAAAAGACCUCACAGUGACCAAGCACACGGAAAUUUGCUCAGAACAUUUCGUGGGUGGUAACGGUCCAGGCAUAGGGCAUGAUGUUCCAUCGAUUUUUCCGAAGAAAAAUUACAGUACUUGCACAGUGUCUGAUGCUGACUUUGUUGAUACCUCGAAGCCAAAUGAAAGCCCAUUCAAGCAGGCCUGUGACCCUGAAUCUCCCAAAGUGACUAUGCAGGUACAUGGAGGGACUCCUCAGUCUGAUGAAAUUGAACAUCAUUCCACAACAUUCAGUCAAGGUGCCAGAUCCUAUGACGUUGCAUCAAUUAUGCUGCAUGACUACUGUGAGGCUGUGUGUGAAGACGACAUCAGUUGCAAAAGAUAUGGAUCAUCGCAAACAGAAAUGGUGGAAGUUAGAAGCAUGUCUACUCAAACUGACGAUGUAAUGUUCCAGUGUUUAAAUCCUGUGAAAACAUCCUGUGCAAUGACUCAGACUGAGACUGAAAAUAAAAAAGUCUUUCGCAAUCAAGCCACUCAAGUCAAACUUCCUGAUUUAACAUUUUUUGAUGUGAAGAAUGAUUCAGAAUUGGUAACCUAUUAUACAGGUCUUGUGGAUGCAGAAAAGUUUUCAUGUUUAUUUGACGAGUUUUCUGAGGUUCAUGACAGGGACUAUCCAACAUCCAAUAUCGGACGCCCUAAAUCUUUGUCUUUGAUAGACGAGUUCUUUCUAGUGUUGAUGCGUCUUAGACUUGGACUCCUAGUUGUUGAUUUAUCAAAGCGAUUUCAUAUUUCCAGAAGCUGCUGUGCUGAUAUCAUUAAUAGAUGGAUUGAUAUUUUGUACAACAGUUUAUCCUUCCUAGUUGUCUGGCCAUCAAUGGAUACUAUUAAUACAACUAUGCCUCAAGGUUUUAAAGAUCUGUAUCCAAAUACAAGGGUUGUUAUAGAUUGUACAGAAUUAUUUACAGAAAAACCUUACUCUAUUGGUAAACAGUCACAAAUGUACAGUCAUUAUAAAAGUCACAUAACAUUUAAACCGCUUGUUGGUGUCACUCCAAAUGGUGUUGUUAGCUUUGUCUCUGACUUGUGGUCAGGAGCUAUAAGUGACCGGCAAAUAACAGUAGAAUCAGGACUUUUAGAUUUGUGUGAUGUAGGUGAUGCAAUCAUGGCGGAUAAGGGAUUUACAAUCUCAGACUUGACAACACCAAGAGGUAUACUCUUAAUAAUUCCACCAAAGAAACAUAAGAGAAAACAGCUGACUGCUGUAGAAAUUGAACAAACUAGGAGAAUAGCGAACUUGAGAAUCCAUGUUGAAAGGCACAUGGAACGUGUCAAGAAUUUCAGAAUUUUGCAGGGUAUAAUUACAAUUACAAUUUCAAAAUCUGUAAACAAAAUCUGGAAAAUCUGUAAUGCUUUGACUACUCUGCUUCCCCCUCUUUAUCCUCAUGACCAAGAAAUUGAUGACAAUUACUUCUUUGAUGACAGUUCCUUGCUUGCUCUGUAAUUAGUAGGAUUAGCAUAAUCUUAUUGCAGCUCCAGAUGUGAAUGGUCACAUGAUAUUUUCUGCUGUAUUUAAACUUAAUAAUCAUGGUAUCAUGAUAACAAUUUUGUAUUGAAAACAUUGAGCCAAAUAAGUCUAGACAAAUAAGUCUAUUUUUGUCCAAUAUGACUAUUGACAUGACCACCUACUGGUUGUCUAUUUUUGUUUUACUUAUUGAAUCAAAGCAUUGAUAUAAAAAUCCUGACUCUUCAUAUAAGUAGCAAGUUGACCAAAGGGGGAAAAUUAAUCAGCCAACCAUUCUGUCAUUGAGACCGUGCGGGUGGAACGUUUUUAGCUCAAAUAUCCACCUCAGUUCAAGUGCUCUCCUCUUAACUGUGGUGUCAGUAGACUCAGGGUUUUCCUUGAGCUGUGCUAUGAUGUUAUAUCUAACAUCUUUGGUGCUGUGAUCAUCACUAUUGAAGUGAUUAGCUACAGGUUUGUCUCUCUUGUAGCUGAUGUCUGCAAAGUGUUCUUUCAGUCUAGUCUGAAAUUCUCUUUUGGAUUCUCAAACGUAUUGUUUCUUGCAUUUGUUACAAGUUAGCAAGUAAACUAUGUUUUUACUUGUACAUUCAAACUUGUGGAUUUUGAAUGUUUUGCCUAAUGUCGAGCUGCGAAACGUAUGUGUUUUACCUAAGGAGUUGCAGAUUUUGCAUCCUUCUCUUUUGCAACUCUCAUUUACGAAGUUGACUACCUUGCCGCUAAUUUGCGGUUUGGUGGGUGGGUGGGUAGUGUAGUACUGUCCUGAAGUAAGACAAGUUCUAUGGAUGAACAACUUCUUUAUUACAAUUAGUGCGACGUUUCGGUGUAGAUCCUAACACCUUUAUCAAGCAAGUGAUGGAUAGGGCUAAACAACAUAGGUAUAUAUACACUUAUUGACAUCUAAGUUGUUACAGUGACUAGUUGAUGGACACAGAGAGGUGAUUAAGCUAAUUGGAAGCCAGUGGAUGACUAAUGAACACAGAGUAACUAGCAGAGUAAACAAGCAGACUGAUGUGAAUUUUAUAUUACCAAGUUUGUUAAAAUCAUUGGAGACUGCUUUGAUAAACGACUCUAGUGUUGGGUCGGUAUAAGGUCUAGGGGUCCAAGUGCUUUUGGGACCGAAUUUGUGAUCCAGUGUGUUUUGGAGCGGGUGUGAAGUGCCAUCAAUGGAAGAAUCAUGGAAAAAAUGAGUGAGACAUAAUUUUCUGAAAAAUUGUUUCAGGUCGGAAAAGGUUUUACUUUUGUCAGUAAAUCUAGGGGUGGGGCUAAAAGUGAGUCCCUUGUUAAGAACCUCUAAUUCAGAUGGAUUAAGGUCAUAAUCGGAAAGAUUGAUAACAAAGUUGUCAUGAUAAGAUUCACCAGUUUUAUUAUCUGAGUUAUUGUUCAGAUUCAGAUUAGAAAGUUUAUUGCACAAACUGUUGUUGUUGAAGUUGAGGUGUUUCGACAACAGCUCUAGGGCCCGUUUGAGGUCCCGCGAAUUGUUUCCUUGAUUGCCCCUGUCGGGGCGGAAGUUCUGUCGUGGUCUGCGUAGUCCACGAGCUCGAUCACGUGAUGGUUGUCUCGAGGGGCGAAACUUGGGAGAUUUGGCCCGUUUCUGGGUCGGGGUCCCUUGCACGUAUAGUUUGGCGGCGAAGGGGUCAGAUUUGAUAGCCGCCUGUUGUAGGCUAACAAAUCUGGUGUUGAAUUUUUCAUGUGUGGACUUGUGCUCUCUGUCUUUGACUGCUUGACAAGCAGUGUUGAUGAUGUUUUGAGAGUGUUGAUCCGCUUUGGAGAUAAUUUUAUCUUCCAACAGUUUCACUGAUUCGUUGACGGAAACAAGCUGGCGUUCUAAAAGUUCUUUUUGUGUACUCAUGAGUGUGAGUUUAUCUUCAUAUAAGAACAUAAACAAUUUCAUGUUUUAGCUGUGACAGCAGGAUCAUAGUCCCAUGGUUCUAAUUUUUGUGACAAUAACUAAAAAUGAAAGAAAUAAAAGCUUGAUGAUUUUCUUAAA